GUUAGAAAUCCCAAGCUGAAGGCAAGACAGGAAGCCGUUAUACUUGCGUACAGUAGAUAGGACCAGAAAUACAGCGUACUAGGCGGAAGUGGAAGCGGAAGUGUAUAUGUUGACAGUUCAAGUAGAAUCUCUGAGAACGUAAGUUAGCUGUGUAACAGGAUCAGUGAGUAGCUACACGGUAACUGUUAAGAAACUUGGAGCAAGAUGAUUCCUACUGAUGAUGCUUCAACUAGGAAAAGGGAAAUAGAGGACAAACUCCGACAGGAGCAAGAAACUUUAAACUUCAUAAAGGAGAGCCUUGAAAAAAGUGACCAGUUAACAAAAAAUAUGGUUUCUAUCUUGUCAUCAUUUGAAAGUCGGCUUAUGCAACUGGAGAACUCUAUUAUCCCUGUACACAAACAGACUGAGAACUUACAGCGUCUCCAGGAUAAUGUGGAGAAAACUUUGUCCUGUCUCGAUCAUGUGAUCAGUUACUAUCAUGUUGCCAAAGAUAGUGAGCGAAUCAUCAAAGAAGGACCUACAGGACGACUUGUUGAAUAUUUGGAGUGUAUGGGUAAAAUCCAGAAAGCAGUUGAAUAUUUUCAGGACAACAACCCAGACAGCCCAGAACUGAACAGAGUGAAAUCACUGUUUGAGAAGGGUAAAGAGUCUCUGGAAACAGAAUUCCGCAAUCUCCUGACCCGUCACAGUAAACCCGUUCCUCCUAUCCUGAUCCUGGAUCUCAUUAGUACUGAAGAUGAAGUAGAGACACAGGAAGAGGUGACCCUAGAACACCUGCCUGAAAAUGUAUUGGCUGACAUAAUCUGCAUCUCAGGUUGGCUUGUUGAUUAUGGAAGAAACCAAGAUUUUAUGAAUGUAUAUUAUCAGAUUCGGUCCAGUCAACUUGACCGUUCUCUUCGUGGUCUCAAAGAACACUUGCGCAAAAAUAGCUCAUCCUCUGGGGUACUGUACUCUCCAGCUGUGCAGAACAAAAGAAAAGACACCCCAACCAAGAAGCCUGUUAAAAGGCCAGGCACAAUUCGUAAGGCGCAGAACCUUCUCAAGCAAUACUCUCAGCAUGGGCUGGAUGGGAAAAAGGGUGUGUCUAACCUCACUUCCAUGGAAGGUCAUGAUCACGAUGUGCGUUUUAAACAUCAUGUCGAUAACUUGAACGAAAAGCAUGGUCCAGCAGCAGGAAAAGAUGAUGUGCUGGAUAUCGAAAUUGAUGCUUAUAUCCACUGCAUCAGUGCCUUUGUAAAGCUGGCACAGAGUGAAUACCAGUUGCUGACGGAAAUCAUCCCAGAGCACCAUCAGAAGAAGACGUUUGAUUCUCUUAUUCUGGAGGCACUGGACAACCUGAUACAGGAAGGAGAGAGCAUUGUUUCAGCUGCUCGCAGAGCCAUAUUGCGCCAUGACUACUCUGCAGUAUUAACCAUUUUUCCAAUCCUCAGACACCUCAAAAUCACAAAGCCAGAUUUUGAUCAGGUUCUACAGGGCACAGCAGCAAGUACCAAGAACAAGUUACCACAGCUUAUCACCUCGAUGGAGACAACAGGAGCCAAAGCUUUGGAAGAGUUUGCAGACAGUAUCAAGAAUGAUCCAGACAAGGAAUAUAACAUGCCAAAGGAUGGAACAGUUCAUGAACUAACUAGUAAUGCUAUCCUGUUUCUGCAACAGUUACUUGAUUUCAAAGAGACAGCAGGAGCCAUGCUUACUUCCCAGGUUCUGGGGGAUACUUACAAUAUUCCUUUAGAUCCUAGAGAAAGCAGUUCCUCUGCCAGCAGCUACAGCAACGAAUUCAGCAAGCGACUACUUAGUACAUAUAUCUGUAAAGUAUUAGGCAACCUGCAGCUGAACCUUCUGAGUAAAUCCAAGGUUUAUGAAGACCCUGCUUUAAGUGCGAUAUUUCUACUUAACAACUACAACUACAUUCUUAAGUCACUAGAAAAAUGCGGUCUCAUCAAGCUUGUAGCAGUGACACAAAAAACAGCAGAAAAAUCUUAUCAAGAACACAUACAGCAACAGAUUCAGACCUACCAGCGCAGCUGGUCAAAGGUCAUUGACUACAUCAAUGAAAAAAGCCUCCCUGCAUUUCAGCCUGGAGCAAAGCUCAAAGAUAAGGAGAGACAGAUGAUAAAGGAUAAAUUUAAGGGAUUUAAUGACGGAUUGGAGGAACUGUGUAAAAUCCAGAAGGCAUGGGCUAUUCCCGACAAAGAACAGAGAGACAACAUUCGACAAGUUCAGAAACAGAUUGUCACAGAAGCAUAUAAUACAUUUUUGCAGAGAUAUGCAACAGUGUCUUUUACAAAGAAUCCAGAAAAGUACAUCAAAUAUAGGCCUGAACAUGUGGCAGAAAUGAUUGAUAAGCUUUUUGACACAUCAGCAUAAGAACAUUUGCCCGUUCUGGUGGACUUUUUAAGGAAAACCAUGGUUUCAUCUCUCUGGACUGCUGUGACUUGCUAACAGAAGGAAUAACCACAAAAGAAGGAAAAAUAUAUCUGAGCUGUGUAUUUGCACUUUUGUUGGGAAAUUAAAAAUUAUGUUAACACUA